CGUACGUUGAUGAUCCCGCCACCAGGUUACGUGAAAGUGCUCACCGAGACCAUCUUGCUGUUGGAGAUAACGAAAGUCUGCAAGCGACGGACGAAAUUCCAUUUUAAAGUGGCAGGGACACGCUAAAAAGAACUGUGAACCGCAAAGACUCUCGAAGGUAGUCGCUUCCGGUUUCUAGACUACAUAUCCAGGAGUCUGGAGACUCCGAUGCUCUGCUCAAAACUUAAGAGGGGGGCUGAGCAAACUAUCAUGAGGAGUACACAUUAAAGAGCAGGAAAUGUCUCAUUUCAUUCCUUCUGAACUCAAACAUCAUCAAUACAGUUCAUUGGUACGAGAUGGCCAAGCGACGCGCCGAAAGUCCUCUUGGCACAAGCGUCCAAAAACGACACCGCUUGGACUCACUAAAUCAAUCCUCCAUCGACUACCUCGCGUCCAAGCAUUUUCCAAAAAAGGAUACUGGAAAUCAAAAUCCACAAAACCCCGAGCUCUGCGGAACAUGCUCCAAGAUAGAUCUGAAGCCUAUGUUCAAAACCAAAGUCGAAGAAACUUUUAUUGGGUACUUAGAUGACUUUAAGGACGAGCUAUGUCCGUUCUGUAGUCUAAUCUGGGCAGCGAUCCAUAUUCACUGGGCAGAUGAAAAGCCUGAAAUUAACGAAGAAAUGCAGCCAUUGUUGUUUCUUUCAAAGCAAAGAGUGGUUGACCUAUCAAAAAAAGGGCGGCAAGAAAACGACCCUCCAAGGUUCCAACCAAGGACGCGACGAACCAACCGGUGGAACGAUAGAAAUCUUUUCAUUCUGGCCGAGCUGGAACUUGCCUCAAGUACAACCAGACACGCACCGCGGCGUGCUAUUGGCCCUGUUUUCGAUACAAAACUUGCCGUCCAGUGGCUCGAGGAUUCCAAGACUCUUGACGAUAUUGAAAUGAAAACGAAAACACCCAUAAUUCAGUACGGAUUUCGGGUUAUUGAUGUGCUGGAAGAGUGCCUGGUGCAGAAACCCGAGCUUUGUCAGUAUCUGGCAUUAUCCUACGUUUGGGGAAAUCUGGACCCCCCUGCAAUCAUAACCACUAAAAGCAACGUGGUCGCACUCAGUCAGCCAAAAUCUUUGAGCACAGAAAGCGCCUCAAGGUUUGUUGGCAAAAGGCUACCUCGGACGAUUAGGGACGCGAUAAAAUUUACUCGCAACAUCGGUCAAAGAUAUCUAUGGGUCGAUGCUUUAUGCAUCAUCCAGGACGAUAUAGAUGAGAAAAGAAGGCUGAUUCAUGGCAUGAACCAUGUCUACGAAAACGCCAUUUUGACUCUUAUAGCUGCUUCUGGCAUUGACGCAGAAGCUGGGCUUCCUGGAGUAACGUCUCGCACAAAUUUUCGGUUUGAGAGAAAGUUUUCUCUCCCUACUACAGACGGCACGUUGAAGGCUGCCAUCUGCCGUCCCUGUCUUAUCGAACAAAUCCGGGCAAGCUACUGGAAUACCAGAGGAUGGACUUACCAAGAGAUGUGUCUCUCAAGACGCCAUUUGUACUUUACGCAAGAUGAGGUGUUUUUCCAAGGCUCUGGGAGAGACCGAAGAGAAGGUUACAGCCUGGAACGAAUUGAAAAUCUAGAACUUCUCUCUAAGGAGUUAUGGUUCAGAUAUAGCCCUCCUUGGUGGAACAACAACGUAAGCUGGGAUCCAGAUCCAUUAUUGGUCCCUAGUCUACCUUACAUGGGACAAGACUACAACUAUAGUUCGGGUUUAAACGCAUUCGCAUCUGCCGUCUCAGACUACAGUAUAAGAGAGUUAAGGUAUUCCGAGGAUAUACUUAACGCAUUUACGGGUAUCUACCGGCGUUUUUCGAAGUCGAAAAAUGGUGCCGAACGGGAGAUUAAUAUCUCACAGGGCAUUCCGGCCCAAUUCUUUCCUGAAGCUUUGUAUUGGUUUCCUGCACACUCGACUAACAGCGAUGACCAAAUCAACAAACGGCCCGGAAUUUCAACCUGGUCAUGGGCUUCUCUCAUUGCUCCCAUUGACUUUAUCCACGUGGAUAAUGCGAGCUACUCAAUCGUCUACGCAAUGUACUUCCGAACGGACUACUCCUUUGUAGACAAAUGGUAUCUUUGCGAUGGCUCCAGGUCCCGGAAAUACCGUACGCGAGAUGAAUAUCUACGCAAACCCAGAGGUAUAAACUUGGUCGCAAUCUUCACAGGCAAGACAGUGGAACAAGGCAGAGAAGGGGCACUACUGCCUGCUACCCUCACAGCAGGGGAGCUCGGGUUCCGGGCUCCAUGCUUAUCUGUACCAUUCGAGGAUGUGUUCGACUUUGAAUCGGAAUUUGAAUGGAUAUUUAAAGGGCGCUCGGGUAUCUUUCGAUUCGAUACUAAAUACGAGAAGGUCGAUGAGUUUAUACUCAUCUCUCGUUUUAUAUCAUCGAACUUUGUGUUGGGUGUGAAAAAUAAAGCAGGAAUCUCAAGACGGGUUGGUUUUGGAAUCCUCCCUUCCGGGCGUGUAGAUUGGGCAGAUCUUUUUGAUAUUGGAUUGGCAAAGAUAAAAUGGAGGUUUGUAAGAUUAAAAUAA